UUAUAAACCCUUUUUUUUAAAAAAAAAAAAUUCAAGAUAUUUUUAUAAUAACUCCAACAGUACUUACAAGUUCCAACUUCUCGAACUUCGUACAGCCGGGAACUCUCUUCUCUCUUCUCCCUAUCUCACACUGUCACACUACCCAUGCUUCAUUUAUCACCCUUCUCUCUCUCUCUCCUCCCUUCAUUUUCUCCCCACAUUAAACUCCUUAAUUAAAUAUUUAAAUACUUAAGUAACUCCUUAAUACAAACAAAACAAAACUCAACUCCAUUUGAAUAAACUGAGUUAACUACAUACUCAGCAAACUACUCUCUCUUUCUUGGCUUUCAUUGUCGGUGAUUCAACCAAAAUCAUUAAAAAAAUGGGCGAAACUCACAACCAUGACCAUCACAACCAUAGCCAAAACAACCACCCACCUCCGCCGUCGCAGCCGAUGGCUCCACCACCACCGCAGCCAGGGUCACAUCUUCCGAUGGGCGCUGCGAGGGGUCCCAUCUUUCAGCCUCAAGAACAACUCACCAAUCUUCACUAUUGCAUCCACUCCAACCCCUCUUGGCACCAAACUUGCAUACUGGGUUUUCAACACUACAUUGUCAUGCUUGGAACAACUAUCUUGAUCACCAACUCCAUUGUGCCUGCUAUGGGCGGUAACCGUGGGGAUAAAGCCCGUGUAAUCCAAUCUUUGCUCUUUAUGUCGGGAAUAAAUACUCUUAUUCAGACCUUGAUCGGGUCUAGACUCCCUGUGGUGAUGGGUCCAUCGUAUGUGUAUCUUAUACCCGUUAUGACUAUCAUCCAUAGCAAUAAUUCUGGAUAUUUUGCUAGUGAACACCAGAGGUUUAUCCACAAUAUAAGGACUGUUCAAGGAUCAUUGAUAGUAUCAUCUUUUGUCAGCAUUAUUCUUGGAUUUAGCAAAGCAUGGGGAAACUUAACGAGGCUUUUUAGUCCAGUAGUCAUCGUGCCUGUAGUUUCAGUGGUUGGGCUUGGUCUGUUUGCAAGGGGUUUUCCACAGCUUGCAAAUUGUGUGGAGCUGGGCUUACCAAUGCUAAUUUUGCUAGUUCUCGUUCAACAGUAUGCAAAACGUAUCCACUCAAGAGCGCACUCGAUUUUAGAAAGAUAUGCAUUGCUUAUUUGCAUGGGAAUAAUUUGGGCUUUUGCGGCUAUCUUAACUGCUGGUGGUGUCUAUAAUAGAGUCAAGGACCAGACAAAGAUGAGUUGUCGCACAGAUCGCAACUUCCUAGUAUCGUCUGCCCCAUGGAUAAAAAUUCCAUACCCUUUCCAGUGGGGUACCCCUAUAUUCAGUGCAGGCAGUGUAUUUGGGAUGAUGGGUGCUGCACUUGUUGCGUCAGCAGAGACAACUGGAACAUUUUAUGCAGCUGCCCGCUUAUCUGGUGCUACUCCUCCUCCGGCUCAUGUGCUGAGCAGAAGUAUAGGGUGGCAGGGAAUUAGCAUGCUACUUGAUGGACUAUUUGGUACUGUCGUUGGUACAACUGCUUCUGUGGAAAAUGUUGGACUUCUUGGACUGACACAUGUAGGAAGUAGGAGAGUUGUCCAAGUAUCCACAGCUUUCAUGAUCUUUUUCUCCAUAUUUGGAAAGUUUGGCGCUUUCUUUGCAUCAAUACCUCUACCAAUUUUUGCUGCCAUUUAUUGCAUUUUAUAUGGAAUAGUUGCUGCCAAUGGGAUUUCCUUCAUUCAAUUUACAAACAAUAAUUCCAUGAGGAAUAUGUAUGUUUUGGGGCUGAGCCUUUUCCUUGGUAUAUCGAUACCUUAUUACUUUAUGAGUUACACCAUGUCAGCAAAUCAUGGACCUGUUAAUACUGGUGGUUCAUGGUUUAAUGACAUACUGAAUGCAAUUUUCUCAUCACCUGCAACGGUGGCCAUGAUUGUUGGGACGUUGCUUGAUAUCACACUAGAACCAAGGGAUACUGCCCUUGAUAGAGGUCCAUGGUGGAUUCCUUUCCAAAACAGAAAGGGUGAGGUGAGAAACGAAGAAUUCUAUAGUCUUCCUCUCAGAAUAAACGAGUUCAUGCCCACAAGAUUCAUCAAGUAAUAACAUCAAAUCUUGCCUUGUAAAUUAAGGUUUGGGUUUCAUCUUUUGUAUCUUUAACUUUUUAACUUCUUUUGUGUAUGUGAUAUAGUAAUGAUAUUCAUUGCAACAUAUAAGAAUAUGUCAAAAUAACUUUUACUGGUAGGUAUUGAUGUUUGAUCCACAGGCGCCUAUUCCUUUCUCUUGUAAACGACUGCUAAUUCGAUUAGUUUAGCACAGUUUUCCUCUCCUAGAAGAACAGUUGUGAUUUUGUUUGUGUAAACUGUAAACGAUUGCAAUGUACUUCGUGUUUAUUUAAUGUAGCGUAGUUUUUCUCUCCUAGAUGAACGCUUUGUGAUUUUGUCCUGGUACUGUAUUAUGAUCCUUAAUUCCAAUGCUUGCAUUGUACUUAGUAUACCAAUAUGGUGCAAGCAUUCAAGAAAAUGUUGCUAUGUAUCAUUUUUUUCUUUUGUGGGCAAAAAUUUAGGGCGCAUUUGUUAA